ACAGUCUCGGCCGGGAUGCUGCUAAACUUUGUUAAGGACUGGGACGUGUUCCGGGAAGUCAAAGAAAUCUUCAUCUUGGUCACUGCUAUCUUAGGCAUGAAGGGGAACCUAGAAAUGACUCUGGCCUCGAGACUCUCGACUGCUGUAAAUGCAGGGAAAAUGGAAUCUGCCCGCGAAAAGUGGAUGAUGAUCGUUGGGAACCUGGCACUCAAGCAGUUGCAGGCCACAGUGCUGGGUCUGCUGGCCUCUGUGAUGGCGACUCUUCUGGGCUGGAUGGCAGAAGGGACGAUGCCCUUCAAUCACGUUGUGCUUUUGUGUUCAACCAGUGUUUCUACUGCCUUCAUUGCUUCAAUGCUGCAAGGCAUCAUCAUGGUGGCAGUGAUCCUUGGCUCCAUGCGACUGGGGAUCAACCCUGACAACGUGGCCACACCCAUGGCCGCCAGCUUUGGGGAUCUCAUCACUCUGGCCUUGCUGGCCUGCAGCAGUUGGUGGUUCUACUCUAUCUCAGACUCUUUUCUCUGGACAGAGCUGCAGCCCUACGUUCUGUACCUGGUGGAUCUGUUGAUUUUGUGCCUGAUCCCUCUGUGGGUGAUGAUCUCCUCCAAACACCCAGCCAGUCGACUCCUGCUGCGCACAGGCUGGGAACCAAUCAUUACUGCAAUGGUCAUCAGCAGUAUUGGAGGACUUAUUCUGGACAAAUCUAUGUCGAAUCCAAACUUGGCAGGCCUCAUAAUUUAUGCUCCAGUCAUAAAUGGAAUUGGAGGAAACCUCGUCUCCAUACAGGCGAGUCGGUUGUCUACUUAUCUGCAUUUGAAUUUCCCACCUGGAGAUCUUCCAGAGGAGCGACAGGGCUGCUACAACCCUUGUCGCACCUUCUUUGGUUCAGGAGCAAACCACCGCUCUGCCCGGAUCCUGCUUCUCUUGGUCAUCCCUGGUCAGUUCAUCUUCUUAUACACCAUCAACCUAAUGAAAGGAGACCCCAGGUUACCAGGUCCUCUCCUGACGGUCGCCUUCUUGUCUGCUUCCCUGAUUCAGGUCUUCUCUCUGCUGUGUACAGCCGACUGUAUGGUCCACUGGCUGUGGCGGAGGCGUAAAGACCCCGACAGUUACUCAAUACCCUACCUCACAGCCCUGGGAGACCUUCUCGGGACCUCACUCCUCGCUCUUGCAUUCCUCAUGCUGUGGUGCAUUGAUGAUUAAGGCAGUGAGCUCAUAGCAGGAGGAGGAAAAAAUACAACGGAAAAUCACACGGGCUGGUGAAAUGAAUUUUUUUUUAAAGGACAGAGAGAGAAAUUAUUGAUUGAUCAAAGAUGAUCAUCCAUUCCUUCAUUUCUUUGGCUCGUCAUGUUUGUCCUAAUCGUAAUAUUGCUGUUUCCCGGUUUCUAUAAUUUCACCUGCUGAUUCUAUGGAAGACACAUCCGCUGCUUUUAUCGUUGCACAAUAACAGUAAACCUUCCUGGGCUUUUGGGAAGUUAAUCAAAAACGCCCAUGUCUGAUUCUGUCACAGCUGUAUCAAGCGAACGCAAAAACCUAAAUGAUUAAAACUUUAACCCAAGGACCAAGUUAACCGUAUUUCACAAAAAACUACAUGAUGAGAUACUUUCCAAGAAAGAACCCAGGACCUUUUGGAGCAGUUUCAAUUUAGGGGACGA